CUCCACGGCGAUCCUCUCCUGUAGACAUGGCCCUCUGCCGUCCCCCGCUGCUGACGCUGGCUCUGGUGUCGCUGUUGGUGCUGGUGGCAGCAGCCUGCAUGUCGCCGAGUGCGGCGGCCAGCGCUGUCGGCGUCUGCAUCCGCAACUGCGCGCAGUGUAAGAAGAUGUUCGGGCCGUACUUCGAGGGCCAGCUGUGCGGCGACGCGUGCCUCAAGUUCAAGGGCAAGAUGGUGCCCGACUGCGAGGACGCCGCCUCCAUCGCGCCCUUCCUCAGCAAGCUCGAGUAGCCGCCACACGCCGGUCUCAGGCUCAAUAAAGUCCGUCUGCAAAGCUAA